AGAGAUGGAUGAUAGAGAAGGCUCGUUCGUUGCUGUCAGGAGGAUUUCUCAGGGUCUCGAACGUGGAACCGUUUACAAUCCAUCCUCUGCUGAGGCUGUGCCAUCAGCAGCUUGGUUAGGCAGGGGUCUAUCCUGUGUCUGUGCUCAGAGAAGAGAUAGUGAUGCAAAUUCCACGUUUGAUCUAACACCUGCUCAGGAGGAAUGCUUGCAAAGUUUGCAGAGCCGCAUUGACGUAGCCUAUGAUAGUACUAUACCCCUGCAUCAGGAAGCUCUGAGAGAGCUGUGGAAACUUGCCUUUCCUGAAGAAGAACUUCAUGGAUUAAUAUCUGAGCAAUGGAAAGAGAUGGGUUGGCAGGGCAAAGAUCCGUCAACAGAUUUUAGGGGUGGUGGUUUCAUAUCUCUUGAAAACUUGCUGUACUUCGCUAGGAACUUUCAGAAAUCCUUUCAGGACCUUCUGAGGAAGCAGGUUGGGGAUCGAUCUGUGUGGGAAUACCCCUUUGCUGUUGCUGGUAUCAACUUAACAUUCAUGCUCAUACAAAUGCUCGACCUUGAAGCAGUGAAGCCACGAACAAUUGUUGGGGCAACUUUCCUGAAGUUUCUUUCUGAGAACGAAUAUGCCUUCGACCUUCUUUAUUGCAUUGCAUUCAAGCUAAUGGACCAGCAAUGGCUUUCAAUGCGUGCCUCAUACAUGGAGUUCAAUACGGUGAUGAAAUCAACAAGGAGACAGCUGGAGAGAGAGCUGAUGCUGGAAGACAUUAUGCAUCUUGAGGAUUUACCCUCCUACGCUCUUCUCACUCAAUAGCCCUUAUGAUGAUCAUUAAUAGUAAGAAGAAGAGUUUCUAACUACUUUAAUAACACGAGGUUGCUCUGUUCACUCUUUACUUUUCAUCGGCAAUGCUUUCGCUUCUUUGACCA